AUGGAUCCCUACGACAGUGACUCUAGUGGAGACGAAGACUUCAAUGAGACCAGUGUGCUUCUAGGAUAUGCAGCCGACGAACUCAUCGAGGAUACAAUCAGCCAUCUUGGAGGCUCCCCAAAAUGGCUAGAUGAAGCCUCUCCUGCCCCCGGCGACUUCGCCAACUGCAAAGUUUGCAACUCUCCGAUGUUGCUACUCCUCGAGCUGCACGGCGACCUACCCGAUCACUUCCCCACCAACGAAAGACGCCUAUACGUCUUCGGAUGCCCCCGAAAGCCCUGCAACCGCAAGCCAGGCAGCAUCAGGGCAUUCCGCGCCUCGCGCAAGGUCACCAUCGGAGCGCCAAAGCAAGAAGAACCCAAAGAGGAAACCCCCAAACCCAGCGUCCCCGAACAACCCAAACAAGACCUGGGCGCCAGUUUGUUCGGCGCAACAAACCUGACCAGCAACAUCUCCGCAAACUCCAACCCCUUCUCCUCUGGCCCUGCACCAGCUGGUAACAACCCAUUCGCAACACCAGUCCCGUCAACCCCGGCGCCAGUCGAGAAACCAGCGCCAUCAACAGCCAACCUGGCUGAAUCAUUCGCUGACAAAGUGCGCGUUUCGUCGCCCCCUCCUUUGGCAGCGACUAAGCAAACGCCCGAGUCAGCGACUCCAACCCCAUGGCCUGAACAGUCUGCCUUCCCGGCGCCUUAUAAGAACUUCUACCUAGACGCCGAAUACGAGACAAUCUCUCGUCCUUCAACACCCACAGUCCCAGACAAUGUGCAAAUGGAGCCAAUGGAAGAAGAAGGCGCCACUGCUGAACUGAAAGAUACAUUCGAGUCCGAACUCGACAAGGCCUUCAUGAAGUUCUCGACCCGUCUCUCCCACAACCCCGAACAGGUCCUGCGCUACGAAUACCGAGGCGCACCACUCCUGUACUCGACCGUCGAUGCUGUCGGUUCUCGACUGAACGUCAACACAGACCCCGCUACCAAGGUCAGCACCAUUGGAACAGGUAGUAUCCCCUCUUGCGAGUACUGUGGAAGUCACCGUGUCUUUGAGUUCCAGCUUGUGCCGCAUGCUAUUAGCAUGCUUGAAGAGGGCCGUGCUGGUGUUGGGCUUGGGAAGGAUGAUGCUGGUAUGGAGUGGGGCACUAUCAUUAUGGGCGUCUGCUCUAAGGAUUGUGCGCCUCAGGAGCUGGGUGUUACUGGCUGGCGUGAGGAGUGGGCUGGCGUGCAGUGGGAGGAGAUGAAAUAG